CCAUACAGUUCGCUCGGAGAUUUUCUACGUUCUGUCAAUUUUACUUCUCUCCCAACAACAAGCGAGCACACUGCAACCAACCGCACACAACUUUUUAGGAACAGCGACAACGAGGUCAUGGUCAUGAGUUUGCCAAAUUUGGGGUGGAUUCUGGACGCAGGGGCGAGGCUGAACUUGUCGGAGGAUGUGGGUCUCAAGGGCUGGCAUUUUGAAGACCCUCCAAAGUACAUUCGACAGUUUGAGUUUGAAUGCUACGACCACGACUAUUGGGUCGACGUGUGUAUGCAGUACUGGAAGUUGCCCUUCUACGUGGGAGCCGUCUACCUCCUCACCAUCUACGUCCUCCAAAGGUACAUGCGAAAUAAGGCCCCCCUCAAUCUCAAAACUCCCCUCUUCCUUUGGAACUUGGGGUUGGGUCUGUUUUCCAUUGUAGGAUUUUGUCGUAUACUUCCCGCCCAUGUCGAUGUCCUUCUCAGACAAGAGGGCUUUUACAAGAGAAUUUGUGUCAGGGAGGGAGUUGACCGUCCCACUGCGUUCUGGUACCUCGCUUUUGGGCUGUCGAAAUAUGUGGAGCUGGGAGACACGAUUUUUCUAAUUUUAAGGAAAAAGCCCGUCGUGCUCCUGCAAUGGUAUCACCAUUUGGUGACCCUCAUAUCCCAGUGGCUGGUGGGACCUCUGGUGGAACCCAUUUCUCGAUGGGUUGUCGUAAUGAACUAUGGAGUUCACAGUUUGAUGUACCCUUAUUUCGCCCUAACCGCCGUGGGUGUGCAAAUUCACAAAACGAUUGCCAACUUCAUAACAACGCUGCAACUCUCUCAAAUGGUGUUUGGAUUGUUCAUCAACCUCUACACGCUCCACCUCCUAAAUCAAGGCGUAAGCUGUGCGCGGCAUGCUUUGAGCAUCCAAAUCAUGGCAAUGGUUUACGGGUCGUUUACGCUGCUCUUUGGAAAGCUAUUCUACGACUUGGUCGUCGCAGAGAAGACGAAAAAACCGAGUAGUCCUGACAGACAGGCGACGAUAGACGACGGAAGGAAGAUGGACUAAGAGCGCGUUUCAAAAAGGGUCAAAUAUUUCUCAACUGAUAAGAAUUGUGAAUUGAGAAUUGUGCAAAUGUUAAGAAUUAAGCAUGCAACGAGGCGGAGAUUAAACUAAAAUGUGAUGAUACUGAGUA